AUGAGACAUUUUCUACUCCCAUUGGCUUUUCUUUUCGGCUCCAUUCAAGCCAACUACAAUGCCUUCUUCUCGCUUAUGGUCACAAAUCCCACGGUAUUUCAUUUCCACUCUGUUUAGUUUCAGUAUAAGACAGUUCAGGUGGUGAAUCAAGUGAAACAGAUUGAAGACAAUCUCACAGCGACCAACCCGCAAUUCGUCAAGUUUGUACACAACAUCUCUUAUCUCCACGUCAGACUGAAUACCGUACAGUUGAAUGAGACAAACCUCCCAGUGUAAUAUCAUGAGAUGAAGUGUAAAUGACAAUCAGAACAAGUUCCAGAAUCCAACAAUUUCUGAAAGAUCUUCCAAAGGCAAUGUGCAACGUUUCUUAUUCGAUUCCAGCACUGUUCGAAGGCACGGCAAUCCGUUCGAACACCACUCUCUACGGCAAAAUGAACGCGAUGUCGAGCACUGUCAUCGCUUCCGUUCAUCGUUUGUUUUUCCCUUGAUUUGUGAACUUUCAGUGCUUGUUUCAGAAAAGAUUUAUACUCUUCUAAACGGCACAAAGAUCCCAUCUGUUGAUGAGCACGAGAUCUUCCAUCCGAGAAUGGAUAUUGUGGAGUUGGACGAUCGAAAACACGAGGAUCUCCUUCAGAUUAUGUCCAACAGAACUGGAGACUUCCGAUUGAGCACCGGAGAUUUCAUUAAAGGUUUUCACAUCGUUUUCACAAUCUGUCAAAAAUCAACGAAUUCAGAAAUCAUUUUGUACAACGCCACUGCGUCGGCGCCCUUCUACGAGGAAAUCGGAAGAGCUCUGCUGGCUCCGUGCUCCAAUUUCACGCGUUCAUUCAAGUCGGAACUAAUUUCAAAUCGAGUUCCUGUGCUUCCGAUCUUUGAAGAGUUCAAGUAA